AGUAUUGAACGAGUGAGUGAUUGCACGGCAAAGUUUUCGCGGUGAUCUUCGCUGAUAUCAGGGGAUCUAAAGCGUCGUGCCCCAAUCAAACUAUAGAAAUCAAUCAUUUUUGAAGCCCUUCCCGUGGCGUCGUCAAAAGUCAAAACAUUCGUGUGUGCUCUUAUCGAAAAUCCCGUUACCGAUAAUCGCCCGCGAGCGAGCAUUCAAUCACCGCCAAGCGGAGCUCGUAAACAACUCAGUAUAGAAGGUGCCCCCGAUCGAUACGGAUCAUGACUUACGCCGUAGUAAACAUUUAGUGGCAGGGAACCAAUAAAACUUCUACACAUAGCACGCAUACACAUCCGUCGGCCAGUUGGACAUUAUGCAAUUUGUAUGAACGAAGAAGAACGUGGCGCUUGAGAUAUACCUCCUUGCUCUUGUUCGUCAUCGUCAACGACGUCACUGGCACAUCUCUGCAGCACGCCAGUCAGUGUGUAUUUGUUUAUCAGCGUGGAAUUCCACUUGUGAUAUCACACACCCGCCAGUAAAAAAAAACGUACUUUAGACGACGAACCCCAGUAGGCUGUGAAAUCUCAGUGAGCUCGUUUAUUCCGGAGAUUAGAGUUCAUUACAACAGUGUCUAAGGAAACCAUGGGUUCAGCGCAACGUAGCAAGCUUAUCGGUGUCAUCGAUGAGGGAACCAACAGCGCGCGGUUUGCGGUCUUCAAAUUGCCCCAGUUCGAGGAGCUAUGUUCGCACGAGCUCAGCAUCACCCAGAUCAUUCCGCACGAGGGUUGGUCCGAGCAGAACCCGGUCGAACUGCUGGAGGCGGUACGGUUAUGCGCGGCCGAGGCCUGUAUCAAGCUCGAAGCUCUCGGCUAUCUGGUGAGCGAUAUCGCUUCGAUCGGUAUCACCAACCAGCGCGAGACGACCGUUGCGUGGGACAAAAAUACCGGAGAACCGCUGUACAAUGCAAUCGUGUGGAACGACAUCCGAACCAAUUCCACCGUUGAUAAAGUGCUGGCUCGCAUCCCAGAUCAGAACCACAACCACUUCCGAUCGAUUUCCGGUCUACCGAUUUCCCCGUACUUUUCUGCCCUCAAGCUUUCCUGGUUGAAGGAAAAUGUCCCGGCCGUUCGACGAGCCUGCCGAGAGAAGCGAUGCUACGCCGGAACGAUCGACACCUGGCUGAUUUGGAACCUGACGGGAGGUCCCAACGGUGGGGUGUUCGUGACGGACGUGACCAAUGCGUCGCGUACCCUGCUGAUGAACAUCGAAACCCUCUUCUGGGAUCCGAUGUUGAUAAAAACGUUCAACCUGCACGUCGACAUGCUGCCGGAGAUUCGCAGUUCGUCGGAAAUCUACGGAACCAUCAAGCACGGCGGCGCUCUGGAUGGAAUUCCGGUCAGUGCCAUCCUGGGUAACCAGCAGGCCAGUUUGCUCGGCCAGCGGUGCAUUCGCGAGGGCCAGGCGAAGAAUACCUACCGGAAAGGGUGCUUCCUGUUGUACAAUACGGGGACCAGGUGCGUACAUUCCACACACGGUUUGGUGACGACGCUGGCGUACAAAAUGGGACAGGAUAAGCCGGCGGUCUACGCGCUGGAAGGUUCGGUAGCGGUUGGCGGUAUGGCGAUGAAGUGGCUCAGAGACAACCUCGGGCUGCUGAAGGACAUUCCAGCCGAUUCGGAAAAGAUCGCCGGCAGCGUGUUUUCGACCGGUGAUGUCUACUUUGUACCUGCUUUUACCGGCCUAUUUGCGCCCUACUGGAGGAAAGACGCUCGAGGAAUCAUUUGCGGCCUCACGAGCUUCACCACCAAGCACCACAUCAUCCGGGCCGCAUUGGAAGCCGUCUGCUUCCAGACACGUGAUAUUAUCGAAGCUAUGAAGAAAGACUGUGGUAUUAACCUAACCAGGCUGCACGCGGACGGUAUCAUGACCAAUAACACACUUCUGAUGCAGCUGCAGGCCGAUCUGGUCGGGAUCCCAGUGUUAAAAACGGAAGUCAGUGAUCCGGCCACACUCGGUACGGCGAUGGCAGCGGCGCAGGCCAAGGGAAUCGAUCUCUACAACAUGGAACCUGAUAACCGCGACUACCAGAUGCACAUCUCCCACGAAACAUUCCUGCCAACAUCGACGGAGGAGGAGCGUAACGCACGGUACACCAAGUGGAAAAUGGCCGUCCAGCGAAGCUUGGGCUGGGCCGUUACCAAGAAGAGUGAAGCCAUGACAGACGAACGCUACUCCCUGCUGGCAUCGAUUCCGGCCGGUCUGUUCCUGCUGAGCUCCUUCGUGAUGCUGGUAUUCUCGCAGACCAGUCGACGGUGAUAGGUGAAACCAGUGCCAUGUACGAGUCUUAUUCUAAAUCAUACUUACAAUUAAUGCGAGUUAGUUAGUGAUGUACUUAUAGGUAGGCUACAUUUAUCUAGACAAGAUACAACCAAUUGACAGCUCAAAUUGUGGGUGCUCAAGUCUCCAGUUAGUUAGAUAGUUAGGUAAACUAAAUUACAGUAGCUAUUAAAAGCGCUGUAGUCAAAAAAGAAAGCGAAUAGCAAAACAACCAAAAUAGCGAGAUGCUUCCAGCGACACUGUUAGAAAAAAAAUUGUUGAAUUCAGCUAUAAACUGUGCAACUUCAAAAGUACCUUUCAAUAGUUAACGAAGCUAUGCAAGCACUCCAUUCCUUCUUAGUCAAUCGUGUAGUGAACAGGUUUAAUAGCUCCUUAUGAACAGUUGUGACAGUUUAGUACUUAUACAAUUACUAUUGGAUAUCGCUAGGAACAAAACAAAAAUAUGCAAUUUCUUUAUGCAAAUUGUUAGGAUCCCUCCGUUUUACAGAGACGAAAUCGAUUAAGUUGUUGAAAGUUAAAAUGAUGAUAUUUUUAACGUGUCUUUUAACAAUGCUUUACUUAGGUUUAGCAGACUUUAUGUCAAACUAUUAAUUUCAAACGUAGACUGUAGGUAAGGCAAACAUUCAAGUUACAGUUCUAUAGUUAUCAUUAUCUUGUAAUGGUUUUAUUGUGAAAUUAGUGUAGGUAGCAUAACGUUUUUUUUUUUAAGUAGUAGACCAACGUGGAAACGACGAGUUUGAAGACUUUUUAUAUUGUACUUAAUGCUACGCUACGAAAGAUUUAUUAUACACUUUAU